AUGAAUACUGCAAAGGUGAUCUUCCUCCUCGUGGGUCUAGUUGCCUCUGUCCUCGGCGACGGGGGUCAUCUGGGGAACCACCUGGGGGGAGGCUUCAUCGGGGGAGGCCACCUGGGAGUUCAUGGCGGGGGGAUCGUGCAUGGGGGGGUCGUGCACGGACACGUCGCUCCCGUGUACCCGCCGGCUCCCCCACACUACAACUUCGAGUACGCUGUUCAAGACGACUACAAAGGCACCAACUUCGGCCACGCAGAAGCUCGUGACGGAUACAAGACAGAGGGAUCCUACUUCGUGCACCUCCCCGACGGCCGCCUCCAGACGGUCAAGUACUACGCGGACGAACACGGCUACCAUCCCGAAGUGACCUACUCGGGUACAGCUCACUUCGACGCUCAUGUACCAGUCCACGCUGCUGUGCCUGUGUAUCACUAGGACCCCCGAGCUGCAUCCAAAGGCCAACGGAGAAAAAGGAUUAUUGUGAUAAUGAGAACCUACUUUUUAUAAGGUCUAUUUUUGUACUGUCGUGGUAUUUAUUGUGUUCAGGUUUUGUGUGAUGGAGGGGGAUUAAAACGAGAAAUUGAGAGUUUAUUUUCUAUUUUGUUCUUUCGAAAUAUAUAAGUGCAAGAUUUUA